GCGGGGUAGGAGAAAUUCCCAGAACACCGGCGCUAACCACAGAAAGUCCCCACAUAUCUAGAAAUACACUGACCAGAAGCCCCCGCGUCGAUUCUGCCACACGCGCAAGGAAACAUGAAUUACGCUCGGUUUCUGACAGCUGUCAGUGCAGCGAGAAAGCCUUCCCCUAUCAGGAUGCUGACUGAGCUGCAGCAGCGGUCACCUCCAUCGCUGAUUUCUUUGGCCGGAGGAGCUCCUAACCCCAACACCUUCCCCUUCCAGUCAGCUUCCAUCACGGUGAGGAACAGGCAGACAGUCACCUUCGAUGAGGUGACGAUGAAGAGGGCUCUGCAGUACUCCGCCUCUAAUGGAAUACCUGAGCUGCUGACGUGGAUGAAAAACCUUCAGAAGAACCUCCACAACCCGCCGACUGCGAGCUACAGCCCUGAGAGCGGGCAGAUGGAGAUGUGUGUGACAACAGGGAGCCAGGAGGGGCUCUGCAAGGUGUUUGAGAUGUUGGUCAACCCUGGAGACAAUGUUCUUCUGGAUGCGCCCACGUAUUCGGGAACGCUCGCAGCACUUCAGCCUCUCGGCUGCAACUUGAUAAACGUUCCCAGCGAUCAGCAUGGCAUGAUACCUGCAGCCCUGAAAGAAGUCCUGUCCCGCUGGCAUCCGUCAGAGGUCCACAAGCCCGGAAGCACUGCUCCCAAAAUCCUCUACACUAUCCCAAACGGAGGAAACCCCACCGGUGCCUCCAUGACAGCAGAGAGGAAGAAGGAAGUGUAUGAGCUGGCCAGGCAGUAUGACAUGCUCAUCAUCGAGGACGACCCCUACUAUUUCCUACAGUUUGAAAAGCCGUGGGCUCCCACGUUUCUCUCCAUGGACGUUGAUGGGAGGAUCAUCAGGACCGACUCCUUCUCCAAAAUUCUGUCUUCAGGGCUGAGGAUAGGUUUCGUGACCGGCCCCAAACCGCUCGUAGACCGGGUGGUGCUGCACAUCCAGGCUUCGACGAUGCACACAAGCACCUUCACACAGCUCAUGGUGUCUCAGUUGUUGCACAGCUGGGGACAGGAGGGUUUCCUCCAGCACAUAGACAGGGUGAUUGAGUUUUACAGGAAACAGCGAGAUGCCAUGAUCAGCUCUGCAGACAAAUGGCUCAAAGAUGUAGCAGAGUGGCACACACCAUCAGCAGGCAUGUUCCUGUGGAUGAAACUGAAGGGCAUAGCUGAUACCCAGCAGCUGAUCAUGGAGAAGGCGUUGGAGAAAGAGGUCCUGCUAGUUCCUGGAGGUGUCUUCAUGAUCAACAGUAGUGAGCCCUGCCCCUACGUCAGAGCGGCCUUUUCUCUCAGCACACCGGAACAGAUUGAUGAGGCUUUCAAAAGACUCUCUGCGCUCAUCAAAGAGGCUUUGUGAUGGUUUAUUCGUCCUUGGCAGAUGCAGCAUUUUUUUAAAUAUGUGAUUGAAGGGUUUAGUUAAGUUUAGAUUUAAUUGUGUGUUCUUAUGACUGUCAAAAUUAUAGUGUUACAAGCCCAAAAUCAGGACCUACACAGAAAAACUAUAGAUGUGCCGACUGGGUGAAAAAGGUAUCUGAUCAUUUGAGUGAUGCCCGCCUUCCUUAGCUCAGAGUUUAUUUAGCAGACCAAGAAAUUGGUACAGCACACCCUAAAAGAUUAAUGAAGUUCAUCUAAAUCUAGUUUUUCCAAAUCUAACCAUCACCCAUCGCAGAGACGUCAUAAUCUCUGGGAUUAAUUCAUGUUACCAAACAGAUAGUUUUCCAGAAGAAAAAUGAUCCCUUCCUUAGUGAUCUGCUUUAACUGCUGCUUUAACACAUGCAUGAGCACAUUUAUUAGGACUUCAAGUUUAUCUUCAGACACAGCCUUAGUGCAAUCAUAUAAAAUCCUUUGUAUUCUGUUCUUAAGCUUCUUAAGGACGAACAGAUUUAAUGCGUCUUGGCUUUCUGUGGUAAUGACAGAUAACCUUAAAACGAGGAGGGCAGUCAGGCUCAUUUGUUAGAAUUCAGGUCCUCCUAUUUUCUGGGAAAGAAAAUAAAAAUACUUCAAGUAGCUGAACGCACAAUGAACCAGGAACAUGAAGGAAUCAGGACCGGUUGGUUCAUCAUGAAAUCAGAGAGCUCAGUCUUAACAGUUCUCGAUAUAAUUAUUUUAAAAGUAGACCAGAGGCCUCUGCUACAAAGCAGGAUUUAGGUUUAUCUGGGUAACAUCAAAGUUAGCCUUGAGUUUUCUGUACUAUGAAAGUGGUUCACUAUGAAAGUAGUUCACUUUCAUAGUGGAAUGCUGAAGCAAAGAUGUAAUACGAAGGGAAACUGAGAAAGAUGAGGUGGAGGGAGGAACAGAAAACAAAACCCUGAAAACACUAAACAUAAAUACACUCAAACUAGGAACUGAAACCAAGUAGAAAAAGCAAGGACUCAAGUCCAAGAUACAAGAAUACAGCAAGACCUGAAGCACCACAUAGCUGAAUCAAAACCUCAGCACAGCAGCAACCUCAGAAUAUCCAACACAUUAAAAACCUCUAAAGAAACUCUGACCCCUGGGACCCAAACCAGGGCAAACAUGGCAGACACAGCCUUACUGCUGUAUGAUUAACAAUGGCUGCACGACCUCAUUACUGCAUGAGAACAUGGUUUUAUCUACUCUGUGCAAUUAAGUAAGGACUUUUUACCUUUUG